CUGGCUCCAGAAUGGAUGGUCACUUGGCAUUGACUCAAGUCCCAGCUCUGCAUGAGGUGAUCUGCACCUUUUCUUCUCUGAGCCUCAGUUUCCUCAUCUAUAAAAUAAAGGUUUUUGAAAAAUAGAAGUAAUCGCUACGAAGGGCCUGCUUUACUUUUUCCGUAGGCAGCGGCUCACUAAACAGGUGUCUGUUUCUCCUGGUCUCCUGAGGGAAGUCCUCGAGGGAGGACAGCAGGGCGAGGGCCAUGAUGCAGAGACCUGGAUGCCCACCCCAACUGCUGCUCACCAGCCAGUGGCCUGGGCGAGGGACGGGUACUUGGUGGAGGUGGGCCCACAGGUAGAACCAGGAGCAUCAUGGAAGUCUCAGGAGCCCCCUUCUCCAGGGAGUCCUUCCUGCUCCCAACCCCGCAGGCGGGAGGUGCACCUGUAGGGCUGGGCAAGGGGGAUCCGCCACUGGUUUCCCACUCCACACGCAGGCUGCGGCCCCCUCUGCUGCUCACGCCAGGGAGCCUGCCUCUCAGCCUUCUUGCUGCUCCUGCUGGUCACUCUCGCUGCCUUGAUCGCCCUGGUCUCCAUCCUGGGAUUCCCACCACAUACACCAGGACGGGCUUCUUGUGCCAUGACCGGAGGAGCUGCAUCCCCGCCAGCAGGGUCUGUGAUGGCGUCCGCACCUGUGCCCACGGCGAGGAUGAGGACGAGGCCAUGUGCCGGGAUAUGCCCCAGAGCCUCCCCAGCUUCCUCGUGGCCCGCUGUGGAGACCCAUCUUUCUGGAUCUACUCAGACCAAAAGUGUGAUGGGACCAACAACUGUGGGGACUGCUCAGAUGAACUGAGCCCAGUGACGACAUGCCCACCCUGUGGCCCGGGCUGGUGGCGCUGCCCCUCGACUGUCUUCAGGUACUGCGGCUGCAUCCCCAGGAGCCUCUGCCGCGACCACACACAGCACUGCUCCGACUGGUCUGAUGAGUACUCCUGUCCUGGACCCUGAGGGACCCCCCAGGCCAGAGGGGAGGCCGGUUGGAAAGGCACUGAUAGGCCUUCACAGGAGCAUCGAAUGCAAGAACACAAGAACGGGAAGGAGGCUUCAAGGUCAUCUAGGGGAUCCGCGCACCAUUGUCUCUGAAUAAGAGUUGCCUCUCCUUGCUUUCAAGUUGUUUAGCCUCUCCUUGAAUGCCUCCAGGGACAGGGGCUCACUACCAGGUCAGACCACUAAUGACCAAGAUGAAGGGGAUCCACUUUCCUGAUUUUAGGCAUGUCUCCGGGGCCACACAGAACAACUCUGCCCCAAGAGAGGCUUGCAGCUCCUGAUCCUAUCUCCCCUUAGAAAAAAGAUAAAACCAAGUCAAGGAGUUCAGAUCUCAUAGAUGCCACAUAUAUGUGAAGUGGUUGCCACUUUCUGCUCCCUUGGGGACCCAAGACAGAUAUUGCUGGGCUCACGUGCAGCCUUAGCAUUUUUCUCCACUCAGUGAUCCUA